AUAAUGGCAAAUACAGGGGUUAGGUUGGUGCUUGUGGGGCUUUUUCUUGUAAGCAGUAUGUCUGCAUCCCUACUACCUGUGAAAUUGCCUUCUCAAGAUCCUUGGCUUCCUGUAAAACCUACUUUGCAGCUACAGACUCCUGGCCAUGUUGACAAAUGUCAAGUGCAAGACUAUGAAAGGGUUCCUUGUGGAGAACCUGGUAUAAAAGCUACUCGAUGCAAUGCUAUAAGCUGCUGUCUUGAUGGCCAGGGGUGCUAUUAUGGGAAAAUGGUGACAGUCCAGUGUACCCUUGAUGGCCAGUUUGUGUUGGUGGUGGCCAGAGACACAACACUUCCUAGGAUAAGCCUGGACUCUAUCAGCCUGUUGGGAGGAAACUCAGGACCCUGUAGUCCUGUUGACUCAAACACAGCCUUUGCUAUAUACCAGUUCCCUGUAACUGCUUGUGGGACUACCAGGAAGGUACAAGCUGGUUAUGUGGUCUAUGAAAACAGGAUGUUCUCUACCUAUGAUGUUGGAGUUGGACCCCAUGGCUCAAUUACAAGAGACACUCACUAUGAGCUUUACUUCCAGUGUAAAUAUUCAGGUGUUGGCUUUGGGGCUCUGGCUAUUGAACCUUCAGUCAAUCAUCUUGUGCCUGUUGUUGCUCCUGGACCACUCCAAGUAGAACUAAGAUUAGGAAAAGGUUCAUGUGUCACAAAGGGUUGUGUAGAAGAACAAGUAGCCUAUACCUCAUACUACAGUGUUCCUGACUACCCUGUGAUAAAGGUUCUGAGGGAGCCUGUGUAUGUUGAGGUGCAUAUCACUGGGAGAACUGACCCAAAUAUUGUCCUGGUUUUGGGUGACUGCUGGGCAACUACUUCCCCUAACCCAUAUAGCCUUCCCCAAUGGGACCUUUUGGUGAAUGGGUGUCCAUACAAGGAUGACCGCUAUCUGUCCAAGCUGAUACCAGUGACUGGGAUGUCUGGACUUGCAUACCCUUCUCAUUACAGACACUUUGUCCUGAAGAUGUUUACGUUUGUGGAUCAGACCUCUGUGGCUCCACUGCAUGAGAUGCUCUACAUCCACUGCAGUACAGCUGUCUGUCUCCCAACUGCACAAGACUCUUGUGAACCAAUGUGCACCAAGAGAAGAAGAGAUGCUGCAGCAGGAGGGAGGUCUCCUGGUGCAUCAGGAAUAGUGUCUAGUGGAGGAGUGAUCUUUAUGCAAGUUUGA